UCAGACGUCCAGCAGGAGGCGGAGCCACGCAUCCAGAGCGCCUGGCGAAGAGUGACUGACAGGUGGAGGCGGAGUCUGGGACUUGUGUGGCGGCGAGCACCUGUGCAGGUAAGACGUGAAGAUCGACGCCUGGAUCCGUCUUCAUGGACCUGCUCGCUGGUCUGCGCUGACCCAGCAUGAGCCAAGGAGACCACCACCAUACACGCCUCUGCCACCUGCCAGCACAGGAGCCAACGCAAUCAACUGGGCCGUGGUCAUGGAGUCCCUGGGCAGAGUGAAGAAGUCCCUGCGUACGCCCGUCAGGAAGCUGACCGGCUGCCUGGGAGGUCUGAGGGACAGGAAGUUGUGCGGCGGCAACAAGAGAAGAAGACGCGGGGGAGGAAGAGGAAGAGGAGGAGGACCAAGCAGGUCGGCGAAAAAGCCUCCCUUUGGAAAAACUGACACCAGGCGUCCAAGUCGCUCCUACCAGGCUGAUCUGGACAAGCAGAGGCGACUUGGUGAAGACAAGAAUGCUAAGAAGAACAGUGAGAGAGCAGCAAUGAGAGCUCAUUUCAGGAGGAAAUAUCAUCUUUCUGAGGACGCCAAGGACUCGGACCACCUGAGGCGUGUUGGCGGCAGAGUCCCGCUCCCCCGCCAGCUGUCCGAGCUGGUUUGUCCCGCCAACAAGACCAAGGACGAGGACUUCAGCCUGCUCGACGCCUUCCAAGGCCUCAGCUUGGCCAAAGGCAGCAAGUCAGCCCCGCCCACACCUGCGAGGGGGCGGGCUUGUCAAGUCAUGUGACCCACAUUGUUUGUCCUAAUAGUCCUAAUAGUUUUGGAUUGUAAAUCUAUGCACUCUUUUUUUCAAUCAGUCUUACUUUUUUGUACUUGAAAUGUGAUGAUAGGCGUAUUGAGUACACAAGUCAAAAGUCACAAGUCACAGUGUCAACUCAACACUCAACUUCUUGUGACUCCUGUACUGACCUUUCUGUCACAUUCUUGCAAUGUAUUAUUUGCUCAAAGAAUUGUAAUAAAACUAUUUUAUAACACAUUA